AUGAUGGCUUCAAAAGAAAAUGAUUAUGGUGUAUUUGUUAGUGAUAUUGCAAGAGGAGUUACCGAUGCAAUGUUAAAAGAAGAGUUUUCAAAGAUUGCAGAGGUAGCCGAAGCAAUUGUUGUAAAGAACAAACACUCGGGAGAGACUAAAGGUUAUGGUUUUGUAAAGUUUUAUAGUAUGGCAGAUUGUUGUAGAGCAGUUGAUUUUCCAAAUCCUCCUGCAUUUAGAGAUUCUAUUUCUGUAAAGAUCACACAAGCCAACACCAAUAACACAUUAUACAUCGGUCACCUACCAAAAGAUUUAAAUGAACGUGAGAUAAAGAUGGAGUUGGAGGAUAUCUCUGGUUGUACAAUUAAAACAUUUGAAUUUGAUGGUCCUUCCAAACAAUAUGGAUGGGCACACUUCAAAGAUCACGAUACCACAAUCAAAGCAAUUAAAUUAAUUCAAAAAUCUAAAUAUACUGCUUCUUUAACUAAAAAGUCUGGUAACGAUGAUAAACUACCAUCUACAAAGGUUUUGUUUGCCAGAGGUAUUAAGAGUCAAGAUGAAGGUGAUGUGCUGCGUAAGCAAUUGGGUGUCAACUACGCAUUAUCGGGCUACGACUACUCAUUCAUGUUGUACCCAGAGUACUACACACCGUUUGCCUAUCCACCACCAGAGACAUUGCGUCGUGGAUCCACCUCGACACAUCGUGGUGUCGGUGGCAGCGGUUACGACUAUCCCUCAGUGAAAUCCGUUCGAAAUCCAAUGGAUCCACCCUAUCCUUACAUGGUGCCACCCUCGGCAGCCGCUGCAGCCGCAAUGAAAGGUUACGAAAGGGUCUCUGGACAAGAAGAUAUAAUAAUUUUAUUAAUAAUGAUAAAAUAUAAAAUCAAUAAUAAUAUAUUUGUAUUUUUAUUCUUAUUUAUUGGAUUAUGUUUUGGUGCAAGUUAUAAAUUACAUUCCGAUCCGUUGGGAAUGUCUAGUAAGAUAGCAAUACCAGUGCAUCAUUACUUUGGCGAGGAGGAGAAAGAAUCACACAAGCUAUGGGUGUUUUUCAAUUCGAAAAACUAUAAUAAAGAUGGACAUCAAGCCGAUCAAAUCGAUAUAAGUCACCAGAAUUUACAGGUGGCAUCGAAACUCUUGGAUAUCACUGAGCGUGCUAUCGAUCGUAGAAGCAGACGUGCUCAGAAGAUUGGGUUGGACAUCGAUGAUCUGCCAGUCCAACAAUCACUAGUCAAUGCCGUUGAGAAAUGUGGUCGGCUCGAUAACAAUGAUUAUCUGUCUGUUCACCAACGUUCGAAAUGGAUGAAUUCCAUCUCUGUUUCAAUCGAUGUCGAUAUCCACGACUCUGAACAACACAAGGAGAAGUUGAUCAAUCAGAUUCUCAGCUGUAUCACUGCAAUGCCUUUUGUCGAGAAAAUCGAUUUGGUUCGCAAGUUCUCGAUGGCUCCAGACACCAAAUCCGACUUUGAACAGAAAGAACUGGAUGAACAGUUGAUAAUGAAAGCUGACAAUGUUGUCGAUGCAGGCAAUUGGAAACAGAGAAGAACACUCUCUACAGAGUUGGAAGAUUUCUACAACAACACUUACAAUAGCAUUAAACAAGUGAAUGCAGUCGCUGCACACGAUCUCGGACUUGAUGGAAACGGUUUGGUUAUUUUGAUUUUGGAUUCCGGUUUCUUGACUUCUCAUGAGGUGUUUAAGAAUCUCUCGAUUCUUGCAACUUAUGAUUUCAUCAACAACGCUACCAAUGUAACAUCGCCGUUUGGAGACAGACAAAAUAUUCAUGGAACAGCUACUCUUUCAACUAUUGCCGGUUACAAUCCAGGUGUAAUGGUUGGACCUGCCUAUAAAGCACAUUUCCUGCUCGCCAAGACUGAAGACGUCAGUGAUGAAAGACAACAGGAGGAAGACUACUGGGUGAGUGGAAUCGAAUGGGGAGAAGCUCACGGUGCAGAACUGGUUUCAUCUUCACUCGGUUACACCCAAUGGUAUAAAUAUUACGAUAUGAAUGGUACCUAUGCAACCAUUACCAAAGCAGCCGACAAGGCUGUCUCCAAAGGAAUGGUUGUAGUCUCCUCAGCAGGAAACGAUGGUUACAAAGGAAUUGGUGCUCCAGCCGAUGGAAUCAAUGUUAUCUCUGUUGGUGCAAUCGAUUCAGUUGGUAAAGCAACAUUCUUUUCAUCUACUGGACCAUCUUCAGACGGUCGUGUCAAACCGGAUAUCACAGCACUCGGUCUCAAUAACUAUGUUGCCGAUGCCAAGUGCAAUGUCUGCUACAGUCAUAUGUCUGGAACUAGUUUCUCAUGCCCUUUGGCUGCCGGAUCGAUUGCACUUGUAAUGCAAAAGAAUCCAACUUGGACUCCUCAACAAGUAUACCAAGCAAUCACCGCUACUGCCUCCCAAAGUACAUCACCAGAUAUCUACAAAGGCUAUGGAAUUCUUAAUACAUUCGAUGCACUCAACUAUGCACCAAGCGAUUCCGAUUGCACUGUCAAAGGAUGUUCAGGUCAUGGUGGUUGCUGCAAUGGAAAGUGUCACUGUGCACCAGAUCGUUACGGUGAAUUCUGUGAAUAUCAAAAAGUUAAAUGCGGUGCCGACUGUAUCAAUCGUGGUGGAACUUGCGCCAAAGAUCAAUAUGACUUUACCUAUCAUUGUACCCACGGAUUGAAAUCAAUAGAAGAAAUUCAAUCUUCAUGUAAAAUUUGUGAUGGUGUUUUCGAUGUUUGUGGUGUAUGUGGUGGAAAUGGUACUUGUGCAGGUUGCGAUGGUAUUCCUCAUUCAAAGAUGGUAUUCGAUUCGUGUGGAGUGUGUGGUGGUGAUGGUGUUUGUAAGACCGCCGUUGUUAUCGAUCCAAAUGAAGAGGGUUCCAAAGGAACUGCUACCAAGAUCAUUCUUGGUGCAUCGCUGGCGAUGGUCGCAACGGUGGUUGUCGUUGGUGCAGUGAUAUUCUUCACAAGAAGACAUCUAGCCAAACGAAAUCAACCACAAUUCAUCUCAAUGACCGAUGCCUCACUGAGUGGCGAUGGUUUACUCUUUGUGGAAACCGGUGCAACACUAUUAUCAAACAACAAUGUUCUAUCAAAUAGUACUGCAUCCAUCGAUGAAGAAGAACAAUAA